CUAAUAUUACUACUAAUAAUAAUAAUGAUGGAUAAUGAAAAGUAUUUACCGGAGCUGAUGGCAGAGAAAGACUCACUGGACCCGUCAUUUCAUCACUCCUCACGUCUCUUAGAGCAAGAGAUCGAAAAGGUUCAGAAAGGCGAGGAGAAAGAGGACGAGAAGUUCAUCGACGUCGUCAUAAACAAGAACAUGAAACUGGGUCAGAAAGUGCUGAUUCCCGUCAAACAGUUUCCCAAAUUUAAUUUCGUGGGAAAGCUACUUGGUCCACGAGGGAACUCCCUAAAGAGACUACAGGAGGACACGCUGACCAAGAUGUCCAUCCUUGGCAAGGGCUCCAUGAGAGACAAAGAGAAGGAGGAGGAGUUGCGGAAGAGCGGCGAGGCUAAAUAUAAUCACCUGAACGAAGACCUUCACGUCCUCAUCGAGGUGUUUGCUCCGCCUGCUGAGGCCUACGCCCGCAUGGGCCACGCACUUGAAGAGAUCAAAAAGUUCCUCAUACCGGACUAUAAUGAUGAAAUCAGACAAGCUCAGCUGCAGGAGUUGACGUUUUUGAACGGUGGCUCAGAGGAUGCCAAGGUGCCUGCAGUUAGAGGGAAAUCCAGCUCAAGGGCCCGUGGCACACCUGCACCUGGCUCACACAGGAGUAGAGGAGGUGUUCCUCCUCCCCACGCUGUGGUUCCUCGAGGAGCAGCACCCAGAGGAGCUCCACCAAGUCGCAUUCCAUCCAACAGGGGGAGAGCACAGAGAGGACGCGGAGCUCCGCCCCCAGUGGGAUACAGGCCGCCACCCCCUGUAGUGCAAGACUCAUACGGAGAAUACGAAUACGAUGACGGAUACGGAACAGCCUACGAUGACCAAGGGUACGACUCGUACGACAACACUUACAGUAACCAAGGACAAAACUCAGAGGACUAUUAUGAAUAUGGACAUGGUCUAAGCGGCGAAUCCUAUGACUCAUACGGCCAGGAGAAGUGGACAAACGGCCGCAACAAGGCUCCGUCGGUGAGGACAAACAAAGGAGUGUACAGAGACCAGCCUUAUACACGAUACUGAACACUAAAGUCAGCCACGCCCACCCAUGCAUUUCCAAGUAAUGGAUUUUAUAUGGACUUCCCCGUUCCUUUUCAUUUUUUUUUUCAGAAUAAAAUCAACCAAAACUACGAAAAAACAAAGCAUCCCAGAGAGGAAGGGGAAGACAGGAACGCGAUUUCAUGGGGACAUUCAGUUUGACACUGCUAGCUACCGGUUGUUGCAUGGAUGCAAGAUCAUUAAACCUGUGAUCACUAAUUAUGUGUAAAUUACUCAACCAAUCAGAAUCCUUCUAUGCCGGUAUUGAACAGUUAGGGGGUGGAUGCUAGUAGGUAGAAGGUGAUGUAAACAUCAGGUGUUAAGUAUUUAGAUUUAGUCAGGUACAUUUCUAUAUAGACUUUUUGAUGA